CCGUCCGGCCGCUCCGCCCCCGGUCCCGGCCCCGGUCCGCCCCGUCCGGUGGGGCGACUGGCCGCAUGGAGGCCGGCUGAGGAGCGCCGCCCCGCCUCGGCUUCGCUCAACGGUGCAGGAGCCGCUCCCCAGCCAUGGAGGGGGAGGAGAAGCAGCCACCCCAGGAGGCUGACACGGAACCUGUUGUGACAGUGGGGGCUUCAGAGGUGGUGCCCAGGGUGCUUUCUGGAGAAUCCCAGAACCUGUCCGACGCGGACGCGCUGACCCUCCUCCUGGAGAUGAAGCUGCGGCGGCGGCGAGAGCGGCCCAGCCUGCCGCGCACGGUGACCGAGCUGGUGGCCGAGGACGGGAGCAGGGUGUACGUGGUGGGCACGGCCCACUUCAGCGACGACAGCAGGCAGGACGUGGUGAAGACCAUCCGGGAAGUGCAGCCUGACGUGGUGGUCGUGGAGCUCUGCCAGUACCGCGUGUCCAUGCUGAAGAUGGACGAGGGCGCGCUGCUCCGGGAGGCCAAGGAGAUCAGCCUGGAGAAGCUGCAGCAGGCCGUGAGGCAGAACGGGGUCAUGUCCGGACUCAUGCAGAUGCUGCUGCUCAAAGUGUCCGCCCACAUCACCGAGCAGCUGGGCAUGGCUCCUGGUGGCGAGUUCAGGGAGGCCUUCAAGGAGGCCAGCAAGGUGCCUUUCUGCAAGUUCCACCUGGGCGACCGGCCCAUCCCCGUCACCUUCAAGAGGGCCAUCGCGGCGCUGUCCUUCUGGCAGAAAGUGAAGCUGGCCUGGGGCCUGUGCUUCCUGUCAGACCCCAUCAGCAAGGACGACGUGGAGCGCUGCAAGCAGAAGGACCUGCUGGAGCAGAUGAUGGCGGACAUGAUCGGCGAGUUCCCCGACCUGCACCGCACCAUCGUCUCCGAGCGCGACGUCUACCUGACCUACAUGCUGCGGCAGGCGGCCCGGCGCCUCGAGCUGCCGCGCGCCUCCGACGCUGAGCCCAGGAAGUGCGUCCCGUCCGUGGUGGUGGGCGUCGUGGGCAUGGGCCACGUCCCGGGCAUCGAGAAGAACUGGACCACGGACCUCAACAUCCAGGAGAUCAUGACCGUCCCCCCGCCGUCCAUCUCCGGCAGAGUGUCCCGGCUGGCCAUGAAGGCUGCCUUCGUGGGCCUGCUGGGCUACGGCCUCUACUGGAUGGGACGCCGCGCCACCAGCCUGGUCCUGUCGCUGCCUGUCGCUCAGUACUGUCUGCAGAGGGUGUCCUCAGCCCGGCCGCACAAAUAGGAGGGACCAGCACGGCAGGGGACCACCCCCCAUCCCCCCCAGGAGCUCUGGGUGCCACCCCCCGUGGGGGUCCAGGCCCAGCCACCCCUGCCCUCCCCCAACCCGCCCAAAUAAAGAAUUAUUUAACUGCUCUGAGCUCAGGCUUCCCAGCAGCCCCUCCCCCACCCCAUCGCUGGCCCCUGCAGGGCCCCCUCACGGGGUUCUCAGGGCGUCAGGACCAGCUGGCGGGGGAGGGGCCGAGGUGGGCACGGCCAGUCCUCCCCUACCUCACUGUGCCUUCUCCUGGGCUGGCCGCAGGAGCCCCGGCCCAGGCACACCCGGCGGAGGGGUCUGGGCCAUCGGGCUCCCGGCCGGCAUGUCUGGGAAGGGCCGGAGCCGCUCCGUGGUGGUUCCGGGGAGCGUCCCUCCCUGCGGGGCAGCCGGGCCGAUCUUGCUCCCACGGACAUGCACCGUGGCCUGUGGAGAUUGUGUUUUUGGCUUUUAAAAAUGUCUGAAGUUUUUUUUACUCAGGUAAUUUUAACUUAAAGUGAACUGAAGCAAACGUCAGGAAAUAACGAGCCUUAAAUCUGAUCGGGACAAAGAGGAUGUCUUGGCUGGGGGUCGGGGUGGGGGCGCCGGUGAGCCUGGGGAAGGG